AUGUCCUCGGCCGGCUGUGAGUUGACACCAAUGCGCCAAGGACUCAAGCGUGCCCGGGAUUCAGGCGUGCCCAGGAUUCAGGCGUACCCAGGAUUCAGGCGUGCCCAAGGAGUCAAGCCUGUGGUGCCGAUGUUUGACGAGCCCAAGAAGAUCGCUCUCCGGAUGCUCGCGCUAAUACAGGCGGCAGUCUCUGAUGCCGUUGCUUCGAACAGGGAGUUGCCUGUCAAGCGACGGUUUGACGGUUUCGCCGCGGCGGGAACCAAAAGUGUCAGAAUCUCGCGCAAUGGUGGCUGUGACACGAUAAAGGGGGCCAUGCAACGUCCCGCGGACAUGACGACCUAUCGAGCAACCCCGCCCCUUGCAGCUUGCAGCUUGCCUGUACGUUCUGCAUCCGACGCUUCGUCAGCGUGCCAUCAUCAAACUAAUGGGACUGUGUCUCUCGGUGUCACUGCGUCACCCAAACAAUUUCCAAAACGGGCAACCAUUACCAGCCAUGUGGCAGCCCUGACCAUGUGGGGCAUUCGAGGGCUUGUUUGCUGGUCUCCACCACGGCAAAACUCGGCCAUGCAGGAAUUGGAGCGGAAAGCUGCCGCCUCGCGACUUGACCGACCGAACAUCAAAACCUCACCCAGAAAGGACAGCAAGGAAGGCGAUGAUUCUUACGACGGCGAACAAAUUCUAUCUCGUUCGAGGAUUAUGGCGUUACCAAUACACGUUGAGUGA